UCCGAGUCAUUCAGAGGACCUGGAAGAAGACGACAGCUUCAUUUUGCUUUUGUAAAAGAGUAAUAUCUUUUAAAGUUGCACCGACAUCAUGAAUUUGUUGUUUUUCGUCCUUCUGGCCGUACAAAUGCAGAGCGUGUCUCCCGUGAUUCACGACCUGUCGUAUUUCCAAGAUAUAGAAUCUGAAGAUUCAUACAUCACAAAGUACAAUGAAUGGUGCCAUCUGGAUGCAGAUGUUAUUUGGCAAUAUAACAGCACCAACAGGAACGUCCUACCCCAACAGAACUGGAUGAAGAAGAUCACAGCAGAGGAUCCACAGUACUGGCAGAGAGCGACAGAGACCAGUGUUGCUGUUGAGCAGUUCUGCAGAAACAUGUAUGAACCUCACAUGAAGUAUUACACCAGCCCUGAAGAUACUUACUUAGGUAUGUGGGGUUCAGGAUGCCAAUGGGAUGAAGACACUGAUGAGAUCACAGGUUGGUAUUGGGAUAGGUUUGAUGGAGGAGAUGACUAUGUGGCAAGGAAUCCAUGGAGAUGGACCGCAGCAAAAGAACAAGCAGAUCCCCCCAAACUGAUCUGGGAUGGCGACAGAGCUCCACCAGAGUACUUCAAGGACCACAUUGAGAAUUGUCCUUCUGACUUGAAGAAGUACUUGGCUGUCCUAUUGAGAACAGACCUUCCAAUGGUGUCUCUAAACCAGAAGACACCGUCUUCUCCAGUCAGCUGCAACGCAACAGGUUUCUACCCCGACGACAAAGCCGUCAUGUUUUGGAGGAAAGACGGCGAGAAGCUCCUUGAGGGAGUGGAGCAAACAGAAAUGCUCGAAAACCAGGACGGAACCUUCCAGAUGUCGGUGGACCUGAAGGUGGCGGGCGACAUGGAGGGCAAGUACGAAUGUGUGUUUCAGCUGACUGGUGUCAAGGAGGACAUCGUCACCAAGCUGGAGAGCAGAAGCGUCCUGAGCAACUUGAGCGGUGAAGACCUCAAUACAAGCACAUCUGGUGACACAACCACUGAGAGCCAAGCCACGAUCCGACCUAGUACCACCAGUGGCACCUUCGAUGUCACCACUGAGAGCAACCAAAACACCACCCGACCUAGUAGCACCAAUAGCACCUUGGAUGUCACCACUGAGAGCAACCAAAACACCACCCGACGUAGUACCACCAAUAGCACCUUGGAUGUCACCACUAAGAGCAACCAAAACACCACCCGACCUAGUAGCACCAAUAGCACCUUGGAUGUCACCACUGAGAGCAACCAAAACACCACCCGACCUAGUAGCACCAAUAGCACCUUGGAUGUCACCACUGAGAGCAACCAAAACACCACCCGACCUAGUACCACCAAUAGCACCUUGGAUGUCACCACUGAGAGCAACCAAAACACCACCCGACCUAGUACCACCAAUAGCACCUUGGAUGUCACCACUGAGAGCAACCAAAACACCACCCGACCUAGUACCACCAAUAGCACCUUCGAUGUCACCACUGAGAGCUACCAAAACACCACCCGACCUAGUACCACCAAUAGCACCUUCGAUGUCACCACUGAGAGCAACCAAAACACCACCCGACCUAGUACCACCAAUAGCACCUUCGAUGUCACCACUGAGAGCAACCAAAACACCACCCGACCUAGUACCACCAAUAGCACCUUGGAUGUCACCACUGAGAGCAACCAAAACACCACCCGACCUAGUACCACCAAUAGCACCUUGGAUGUCACCACUGAGAGCAACCAAAACACCACCCGACCUAGUAGCACCAAUAGCACCUUCGAUGUCACCGCUGAGAGCAACCAAAACACCACCCGACCUAGUACCACCAAUAGCACCUUGGAUUCCACCACUGACAUCAACCAAAACACCACCAAACCAAUUCCUGAGCUCACCAAGUCCAAAGAUCAUCUGGAAGACAAGGUGUGCUCACCAGACGUGUGCAUCGUCUGUGUUGUUGCCACGACGGUGAUCCUUACAACGGUGGUCUAUCUGUCGAUCGCCAUCAUCAUCGUGAUGGUCAAGCGUUACAGAAAGACACAUGCUCCCGAUCCGGUCGUCCUUGUCUCAAUGAGAAUGCUUCCUGAGUGAGACACGGCAGCUGGACUGCUUGUGCACUGAAACACCGAGAUGUCUCCAUCAUCAUUUCACUAGGAGAUGAGAUGUACUUUGUUCUUCAUGAUACAUUAGUGUUAUACUCAUGUUUUACCAUGUCACGUUAUGCCAUGUCUCCUUUGAAUGCUUAGAAAAUGUGUUAUGAUCAUAUCAUGUUGUAUCAUGUUUUUGGUGUAUCGUCUUGAUUUUAAUCUUUAAGUGUGUGCUGAAAUGCAAACUAAGAGUCGUGGUAUCACCACUGUUUAUAUAUCAUGUUGUGUCACAUUUAUUUCAAUAAAUCAAUUUGUUCAUUCUGGCUCUUAAAGGAGGACCAGUCAGAAAGUUAUGUUACGAGAAGAACACAUAGAGAAGAGAAACAAUUGUGUUUUUACAGCACAAACUGAAAGCCAACUAAGAUUAAAUACCUUAGAUGAAAGCAUAAAGUAUUAUAUUUUGGUAUCGCCUUACAUUACUAACAAUAAGCUCCAUGAUAUGCCAAAUAUGGAUUUGUCAAAAUUCAAGUGCAAUGUUCUUGUUCUGUUGGUGGACACUCGUUAAAAGCAGUACCAUUCCAGUGUGACCACUGCUGUGUCACUUUAUUUUUAGUUGAGUCAUUUCAGGGUUUUACCUUUGACCAAUAACCUUUAACAGUUAAUUUUGUUUUGACCAGUGACAAUUCAAAUGUUAAAACGUUAGAUUCCUGCAUUACACAAGCUAUAUUAAUCAUGAAAAUUCAGAUUGUUUUUCUUUUUGCAGUGGCAAGCUUUCUUAAGAUUGUUGUAUGAAUAAUGUUAAAAUAACUUUGUUAAUUGUGUCGAUAAUAAAGAUUUUUUGAUUGCAAA